GAUACGUCUCUCUCUCUCUCGUGGUUCUACCGUUCCACUCGCGUGCGCUUUCUUCCUCCUCUUCUCGUGGUGACCGCCGGCGUCGCCGCUGCCGCGCUACGUCAGGUGCCCCAGGCCUCAUCUCCGGACCCUUCUCCAGCGACGUGCACCCACCAGAGGGAUUAUGGAUUGGCUGGGGCAGAAGCGCGCGGAGAUGCUGAUGCAGGUGCUGCUGGUGGCGUCUGCGGUGGUGGCGUUCGUGGUGGGCUACGUGCGCGCCGACUUCCAGCUCAUGCUGCUCGUCUACGCCGGCGGCGUCGUGCUCACGGCGUUCGUCACCGUCCCCAACUGGCCCUUCUUCAACCGUAACCCGCUCAAGUGGCUGGACGCUGCUGAGGCCGAGCGCCACCCGCGCCCCCAGGUCAGUGCCGGCGGCGCGGCGGGAGGGGGUAAGAAGAAGUCCGGGAAGAACAAGUAAUUGAUCGAUAUGUGUUCUCGGUCGAUUUGACUCGACUUGUUUAAGUUCUAUUCGCUGAACUAAUUGAUGAUAAAAGAGAGAUUGAGAUAUUCCCAGUUUUGGUACUUCGAAUUGCUCAGCUGUAGCUGGAAUUUAGCUUGCAAUCUUUGCAUGCUAGUUACCAGUUAUAUCUGCAAUGAUGAUCUAAAAGGAUGGCAAUAUGCUUGGUUAUGCUCUUC